AUGGUCUCUCAUUCUGCAUAUCUCCCUCUAACCAAUAUCUCUCUCUCUCUCUCUCUCUAUCUAUCUAUCUAUCUAUCUAUCUAUCUAUCUAUAUGGGAGGAGAGAUUUCUGCUCAUAUCUAUCUAUCUAUCUAUCUAUCUAUCUAUCUAUCUAUCUAUCAUCUAUCUUUCUUUCUUUCUUUCUUUCUUUCUUUCUUUCUAUCUAUCUAUUAUACCUAAACAUGCAUAUCUAUCUAUCUAUCUAUCUAUCUAUCUAUCUAUCUAUCUAUCUAUCUAUCUAUCUAUCUAUAAGCAUGCAUUUUAUUCAUAUCUAUCUAUCUAUCUAUCUAUCUAUCUAUCUAUCUAUCUAAAUAUGCAUCUCUCUCUCUAUCUAUCUAUUUAUCUAUCAUUCUCUGUAUUGUACAAUACAAUUUUUUCUCUCCUGAACAAAAUGUGUCAACCGAAAAUAAUGCUUAUGCUGUUUUUCAUGCUGUCGUUAAAAAUGCGCAGCUCGAAUGGAGGUGUUUUGAUCAGUGAAAAGAUGUUUUAUGCAGCCGUCAAAUAUAAACAGGGUCCAGGCCUGAAGUUCUUUGCCAUCUCCACGCCAACCAGCGUUAACGAAGUGAAACCCAAUAUAGAGGAUUACUCAGAUUCGGAGUGUGCGUCGAAAGUGAACGAAGAUUUCGACGCGUCGCGAUAUCCGCAGACAAUUUACCACGUACAGUGCACAACGAAAUUGGAACAAACGUGCCACCAGGCGACAAAAGUGGUUCACAUACUUCGAAGGACGGGAACAUGCAAGGGGAAAGAGACCUGCGAGUACAAAUCGGAUGUUAUGAAUGUUCAAACCGUUUGUGUCAAGGUUCAACCCAACGGACAACCGAACAUGUCUCGGUUUCUGCAGACAUUUUUGAACCAGGGUAUCACUAUACAGGAAGAAGAUAUGGAACCUGUACAAGUUACGGAAGUAAAUUGGAUUUCAAAAUGUCGUUGGGACUGGGUUGCUCAUUUGGAUGAGAAUCGUUUUCCGCGCGUCUUUCAAAGAGCCGUGUGUCGUAACACACACAGCGAAUGCAAGCUUAUCUACAAAGACAUUGUCAUGUUUCGAAAAGUCAUUCAACACUGUUAUGGAGCUUUCUGCGCAUACGAGCGAUACAUUAGCCGCGAACCAGUUGCGUGUGUAUCGACCAAGUCUAAAUGA